AAGCUUUCGUGACUGCAGGAAUCCAUACUCUGGUUCUUUCGGUAAAGUCACGUAGUUAGAAAAAAAUAUAAAAGAACACGACGUUUCGGUCGCAACACAAGCGUCUGUCAUCGGGUGUGAAAGUGCGCGUGGUGGAACGCAGCUGAGCCGGUACCAUAAAUCAACUGCUCGCGGAGCCGUGGCGCGGAACAGAGAGGGCUAUUAGCUCACGGCGAAAAUUGCGCCGGUCUGACGGUGACGGCGGUUUCUGCGGCAGUGGCUGCUAUUGCGGUGGUGGUGGCAGCGGUGGUGGCGGCGCGCAGCACUGCUACCGACAGGGCCCCCCCCCCCGCCAUGGAGGAGCGAGCGAGGGCAGCGUGGGAGCGGGAAGCAGCGGCGCUGAGGAGCGAGAUCGCGAGGCUGGAACGCGAGGGCCGAGAGGACGACGCGGGGCAGGGGGACGCCGACUCUGAUCAGCGAGCCGCCCUCACCCGUGCCAUGGAGGUGCUGACGCGGCAAUCUGGCCUCGGGGAGCGGUGGGAUGAGGAGAAGCAGCAAGGCCCCACCAUGGAGACUCGGCAUUCCUGGUUGGAGUCCCGGUUGGAGUUCUUGAGCGAGUUGACCGGGAUUCACUUUCACAGCUACACCUGGAGCAAGGAAAUGGCCGUGCCGCUGGCGUGUGGUGCAGGUGUGCAGGGCGCUGUGGGGAAACACCUGUUCUCCGGGGAGUGCUUCUCCUUUUCUUUCCAGCUGCAGUUCGAACUCAACGAAACCACGGUGGAUGGGCAAACUACCGCUUCCGUGUCGCAGCUGGACGUGGCAGUAGACUCGGCUCCCGAUGACCUGGCCAACUUCAUAGCCAGGGCUGAGGAGGAGAAGAGUUUGAUGUUGCUGCUCAGGACCAUCGUGUCGCACAGCCGCUGGUGCGCGCUCCGCCAGAAGACCUUCGCGCACUUCAAGGCACGGUUCCCCGGCGUGGUUCUGCUCCCGGAGGGUGAAUUCGGAUCUACCCUGCUCAUCCAGAACCCCGCCGUGCCGGGGCCCCGCUUCCUCGUGGUGUGGCGGACCGAAGUGCACCCCCACGGCCUCGUGCUGCCCAACAUCCAGCUGCACGUCAAGACGACGCAACGCAUGGAGGAGCAGGGGCUGGGCGCAAUGCCGGAGGAUGCGCCGCGGGCCUUCCAGACCCUCCUGCAGCUGCAGGGCAUCGAGACGGCGCUCGCCUGCUUCGUGCGCAGCGUGCAGCCCGCGGAGUAGCAGCACGCCGUGCCACGCCGUGCCACGCCACGCCACGCCAUGCCACACCGUGCCACGCUGUGCCGUGCCACGCCGUGCCACGCCGUGCCACGCCGUGCCACGCCACGGCAAUCCACGGCGCUCCCUUGCCACGCCGCACAACGUUGUUGCCGUGCCCGUGCCAAGCUAUACUGUCGCCACCUCACACCACACCACGCCAAGCUAUACCGUGCCACCCGAUACACCACACCGCCACACGUACCACGUGACAAUUCACCCGCACUUUCAUUUGACGCUCGUCCAAAUUCGGAGUUGUUCGGUCUCGCUUUUUUCGGUGUUUUUACCUGUCUCUUUUGUAACGUCGCUUGUGUCUUUCGUCGUUGGUUCAUGCGACCCCCGGUGUGUAUCGACACGGCGCAUUUUCUUGCCUUGUUUUUUGUCCGUAAAUAAUAAACAGCGAUCCCCACCCCGU